AGCGGCGGCUAGGGCGGCGGUAGCAGCGGGACUGAGACUUGCGGCGGGCCUUGGGGCCGAGAGCGCGACGCGGCCUAGCGCAGCAGACGGCAGCAGUGGGCGGAGGAGGGGGAGGCGCAGCAACCGCCCUGGCCCAUCAUGGAGAUGGAAAAGGAGUUCGAGCAGAUCGACAAGGCCGGGAGCUGGGCGGCCAUUUACCAGGACAUCCGACAUGAAGCUAGUGACUUCCCAUGCAGAGUGGCAAAGCUUCCCAAGAACAAAAACCGCAACAGGUACCGAGACGUCAGUCCCUUUGACCACAGUCGGAUUAAACUACAUCAAGAAGAUAAUGACUAUAUCAAUGCUAGCUUGAUAAAAAUGGAAGAAGCUCAAAGGAGCUACAUUCUCACCCAGGGCCCCCUGCCUAACACGUGUGGGCACUUCUGGGAGAUGGUAUGGGAGCAGAAGAGCAGAGGCGUAGUCAUGCUCAACCGGGUGAUGGAGAAAGGGUCGUUAAAAUGUGCCCAGUAUUGGCCGCAGAAAGAAGAAAAAGAGAUGGUCUUUGAUGACACCAAUUUGAAAUUAACAUUGGUCUCUGAAGAUAUCAAGUCAUAUUACACAGUGCGACAGCUAGAGCUGGAAAACCUGGUGACUCAAGAAACGCGAGAGAUCUUACAUUUCCAUUAUACCACGUGGCCUGACUUUGGAGUCCCAGAAUCGCCAGCCUCAUUUCUGAACUUUCUUUUCAAAGUCCGAGAGUCAGGGUCACUAAGCCCUGAGCACGGCCCUGUUGUGGUGCACUGCAGUGCUGGCAUUGGCAGGUCGGGGACCUUCUGCUUGGCUGACACCUGCCUCUUGCUGAUGGACAAAAGGAAAGACCCUUCUUCUGUGGACAUCAAGAAAGUGCUGCUAGAGAUGAGGAGAUUCCGGAUGGGGCUGAUCCAGACGGCUGACCAGCUGCGCUUCUCUUACCUGGCUGUGAUCGAAGGGGCAAAGUUCAUCAUGGGAGACUCCUCAGUGCAGGGUCAGUGGAAAGAGCUUUCCCAUGAGGACCUGGACCCCCCACCCGAGCAUGUGCCCCCACCUCCCCGGCCACCCAAACGGACCCUGGAGCCAAACAAUGGGAAAUGCAAGGAGCUCUUCUCCAACCACCAGUGGGUAAAGGAUGAAACUGAGGAGGAUAAAGAUGGCCCUAUCAAGGAAGAAAACAGAACCCCCUUAAAUGUCCCCUACAGCAUGGACAGCAUGAGUCAAGACACUGAAGUUAGAAAACGGAUCACGGGUGGAGGUCUUCAAGGAACCCAGGCUGCCUUCCCCACCAAGGGAGAGCCGUCCCCACCCAAGGAGGAGGAGGAGCAGGGGCCGACACCAACUCCCUGGAAACCCUUCCUGGUCAAUGUGUGCAUGGCCACGGUCCUCACAGCUGGCGCAUACCUCUGCUACAGGGUGUGUUUUCACUGACAGACAUGCUGGUGAGAGCGCGAAGGGAGCACUGGCUGCUGGCCCAGUGUUAGGAUUCGGUUCUGUGGAGCAUCUGAGCCAGUCUCAGAAGAAACAGAUCCCAGGUUCUAAAGUCUGGAACUGUGGAAGGGCUACCCAGAGAGAAUUGAGGAUUGAUGCACUGGGGUUUUAAGGAGCCCUGUGGUCCCAAGAAUAAAAGUCUAAACUCAGGGCCUUAACCUAUUCAGGAGGAAGUAGAAAAAAACAAUGCCAAAUAAGUAUGUCUCUCUGUUUGUCUCUCUCUCUUUCUCUCU